AUGCUUCACCAAUAUCCAUUUCUCCAAUUUCGUCGACAGAUGCGCUUAAAUCCUCCAAUCUUACGUAAAGACUCUGCCUUUGAUAUAACAUUAAGAAAUGCGAAGAGCUCGAUUUACGUUUUUUUAAAAUAUUUUCUUAUUGGUUUGGUCGUUAUCACUUGUUCUUUUUACAUUGCCUAUCGCGGAUUUCACUUUUACAUUGAACAUUAUUUACAUCCGACCCCGAAAGUUUUAUCUACAAAAGCACGUGACUGUCUUCGAGGUGCUUACUUUCGCGAAGAGAUGGUGCCGGACUCUUCGCGUGCUGAGGUGUUCUUAAUGAGAGCGAUGGAGUUUGCAUUUGAACAAGGUUUGGGUGUUGACGAUCCCGUUAUCAUAGAUAUCUGGCUACGUUUGGCUUACAACCAUAUUUGGUCUGGAAAAUUGGAUGAGGCUAUCUCUGUUUAUCGAUCGGUAUUAGAAAAAUUGAUGAAGUCGGGAAAGGAGGAAAACUUGAAGAGAUCAAUUAACGUCGCCAAGAAGAUCGGCGAUUUAUAUAUCAGGAUGCAGGAAUUGGAUAUCGCGGAAAAGUACCUGAAUUGGGCAAUUGAGAUGUUGCAAGGUGACCGUGAUCAAUUGAUCAAGAGGUCUCCCAAUUUCGUGGAUGAACAUCCUGCCAGAUCUUUGACAAUUACAAAUAAGAUUUUUGAAGGUUCAGGAUCCAUCAACAAAGAAUUAGUGGGUUGCGUUGAUUCACUUGCUGGAUUGUACGCGCAACAAAAAAAACAUGACCUUGCACUAUUACUAUACCUGGGAAUGCUUAAGAUGAUACAAUCGAGACCGAAAGAAUCACAGGAAGGAACUCAUUGGAAUUGUUGGGAAGCAAUUAUCAUGGGACAUUUAGGUGAGGUGUUUUACGGUCUCGGAAAGCGAGAGGAAGCGUUGGGUUGGAUGCAACAAGGUUUAAACAUGGCAAGAGAUGGAAGUGGCAUCAGGGAUUGCGAUGAGUGCGCUGGCAUGAUCCUUUACAAUCUAGGAAUAAUUUACGAAAAAGAUGGAAAAACAAAAGUCGCGAUUUCUUUGUUGGAUCAAGCGAUCGAAUUUGCUGAAAAGGCUCAGGAUCUGAAGGGAAUUGACGAUUACACGACCAAACUAAUACGCCUGACAAGCCAACAAUCAGACGAAAUAAAUGAAGAAAUUUAG